GACGGUGUUGUGAUCGUUGACAGCCCUGGCGUCGGGGAGUCAGAUAUAAUGGACGAAAUUGUUUUGAACUACUUGCCAAAUGCCUUUGCUUUCAUCUAUGUCAUCAACAGCAGCAAUGCCGGAGGAGUUCAGACAGAUCGGGUGAGUAAAUUAUUGAUACUUUCUGAAAUGACUACAGGGAAAUCUUUUCAACUCCUCACCAGUGCUCGAUCCAUUUAUUAAACCACGAUUUUUGUUGAUAGCUCAGAGCCCAAAAAGCUAUCUCAUUUAAGUCCUAUGUUUUAAUUGAAUCGUUUUAGUAAGCUUGUUUCCUCUUAUGUUAGCUUGUUCGACUUCUGCACAAAACCAGGGAACUCACGACUGAACAGCAAAUGAUGUUCUCACCAAACUGCACUUUGUUCGUUUGCAAUAAGUGGGACACCAUACCGACCCAAGAGGGAAUUGUGGUCAUGGAACACAUAAACAAAAAGUUGAGUCAGUGUUUGCCAGAUGUAGACAUAAAUACUCAAAUUAUCUGCCUUUCAACUACUAAAGCUUUUGCGGCCCAGAAGUAUGGAGUCAUGAAUUCAGAAUUUGCCUCACUUACA